CAUUAUUAGCUUGAGUUUAAUUAACUAUAUGUAAGGUUUAAAAAGUUAUUUGACCAACUUUUGUAACGUGAUCUGGCCGUAUUGUCUCCUUAUGGAACCUGUGAAGGCAGGCCAAUAAAUAAUAAUAAUAAUAAGAAGACACGUUAGCUUAGCGACAAGGUUGUGUCGAGUUGCAUCCGCUCCUCGUACGAGCCAAGAGGAUUCCUCCAGCCGGUACGGAACGUCGUGUCAAAGAUGACCAUCAAAAGCUAUUCUUUCGAAGGGGUGUUUGCUUCCUCAAAGUUGAAAGUUCCGGAGACCAUCAAUUUCGUCGAGGAGGAAGAGAAAACGUUAUCAAUAUGGAAAUUUGUCGAUGUAUAUCGUCAAUGCAUGAGUCUAUCCGCUUUGUAUGACCGGCCAAAGUAUUCGUUCUAUGACGGGCCACCUUUCGCUACCGGUCUUCCGCAUUAUGGUCACAUCCUCGCAGGCACCAUAAAGGACAUCGUGACGAGGUACGCGUAUCAAAGCGGCUACUCCGUGGAGCGUCGAUUUGGUUGGGACUGCCACGGCCUUCCUGUAGAGAAUGAGAUUGACAAGAAACUGGGCAUCAAGGGGCCUGAUGAUGUCGCCAAGAUGGGCAUCAAGGCGUACAACGAAGAGUGCCGUAAAAUCGUGAUGAAAUAUUCCAAGGAAUGGCAGGAGAUUGUCGGCCGGAUGGGACGGUGGAUCGACUUUAAAAAUGACUACAAGACCAUGUAUCCAUGGUAUAUGGAGUCUAUCUGGUGGGUGUUCAAGCAGCUAUACCACAAGGGUCUCGUUUACGAAGGUAUCAAGGUAAUGCCCUAUUCUACUGCCUGUAACACUCCAUUGUCCAACUUCGAGGCAGGUCAGAAUUACAAGGACGUAGUGGAUCCAUCGGUCGUUGUAGCCUUUUCCCUGCUGGACGAGCCAGGGGUGUCUCUACUGGCCUGGACCACCACUCCUUGGACGCUACCUAGUAAUUUGGCACUAUGUGUCAAUCCUACUUUUGAAUACGUCAAGGUAAAAAAUGAGAAGACUGGUGACAUUUAUAUUAUGUUGGAGGCUCAAUUGCAAAUCCUUAAGGGUCCUUAUACCAUAAUAGACAGGAUAAAGGGCAUAGACCUGAAAGGAAAGGCAUAUGAACCACUGUUUCCAUAUUUUUUGCAUUAUAAAGAGAAAGGUGCUUUCAGAGUCCUGAAUGACACUUACGUCACAGCAGAGACCGGAACUGGCAUCGUCCAUCAAGCUCCGUAUUUCGGAGAGGAUGAUUUCCGAUGUUGCCUGGAAGCCGGCAUUAUACGCAAGGACCAAGAGAUUAUAUGCCCCGUGGAUAGUUGCGGUUGCUUCACGGAGCCGGUUCACGACUUCCUCGGCAAGUACGUCAAGGACGCGGACAAAGAAAUAAUAAAGUAUUUACAGCUUAAGAAGAAGCUGAUUGUCAACAGCACGGUGAAGCAUAGCUAUCCGUUCUGCUGGAGAACAGAUACGCCGCUUAUUUACAAAGCAGUGCCAUCUUGGUUCCUCAAGGUGGAGGAGAUCAAGGACAAAUUGCUGGUGGCAAAUAGCGAGACCUACUGGGUGCCGGAUUUCGUGAAGGAGAACGUUUACUGGGGCAAUCCCAUACCGCUUUGGAUCUCCGAGGACAGGGAGGAGAUCGUGUGCGUGGGCAGCAUGGAGGAGUUGGAGAGAUUGACUGGCGCAAAAGUGAAGGACAUCCAUCGCGAGAACAUCGAUCAUCUGACAAUACCGUCGAAACGUGCGGGACAGCCGCCGUUGCGUCGUAUACCUGAGGUCUUCGACUGCUGGUUCGAGUCCGGUUCCAUGCCGUACGCGCAGGUCCACUAUCCGUUCAAUCAAGAUCGCAAGGAAUUCGACGAGAUCUUCCCGGCAGAUUUCGUCGCAGAGGGUAUCGACCAGACGCGUGGCUGGUUCUACACGCUUCUGGUGAUAUCCACCGCGCUGUUUGGCAAGGCACCGUAUAAAAACCUCGUGGCCAACGGUCUAGUACUUGCGUCCGAUGGUCAAAAGAUGUCGAAGCGUAAGAAAAAUUAUCCCGAUCCCAUGGAAGUGGUCAACAAAUACGGAGCGGAUGCUCUGCGUCUUUAUCUGAUCAAUUCGCCAGUCGUGAGAGCCGAGAACCUUAAGUUCAAGGAGGAGGGUGUCCGGGACAUCAUCAAGGACGUCUUCUUGCCGUGGUACAACGCGUUCCGUUUCUUAAUGCAGAACAUUGACCAGUAUCAGGAAUCAGGGAUCAGAUUUGUAAUCGCCGAAAAUCAAGAAUUCUGUUCCAACAAUAUAAUGGACAAAUGGAUUAUGUCCAUCACUCAAUCGCUUUUAAUCUUUGUGAAGAGAGAGAUGGAAGAGUAUAAACUGUACACCGUGGUGCCCUAUCUAAUAAAGUACAUUGACAAUCUCACAAAUUGGUAUGUGAGAAUGAAUAGAAAACGUAUCAAAGGUGAAGACGGUUUGGAAGAUUGCGAUAAUGCAUUGACGACUCUAUUUUUAGCAAUUUACACGAUGGUGCAGACCUAUGCGCCAUUCACGCCAUUCUUGACGGAAUUCAUGUUUCAACGGUUAUACCAAUGGAUCGUCAGCUCGUCGAAUGAUAGACCUAAGCAUUCUUUGAAUUAUAAAGCGUUUAAUUCAAUUGAACAUACUACAAAGGCAUUCAAGUACCAGCCGAGUAAUUGGUCUAAUCAUGAGUCUCAUAGUCCUGAGCCCACGAAUGAGACAGAGGAGGACAUGGAGGAGAUUUACAAAGAAACUUGCGAGGAUUAUAAAGAUUUUAAGCACAGUGUGCACUUCAAACUGAUACCACAUCCGCGACAUCAUCUGAUUAACAAAGACAUAGAGAAGGCUGUGUCGCACAUGCAGUCAGUCAUUCAAUUGGGUCGCAUUGUACGCGAUAGAAAGGUCAUUCCCACGAAAUAUCCCUUGCCGGAAAUCGUGGUGAUCCAUCGAGAUGACAAAGUACUAAGGGACAUUGUCUCACUAAAGUCGUACAUACUCGAAGAACUCAACAUCAAGAAGUUAACUGUUACUACUGACAAGAAGAAGUAUGGCGUGACCCUGAGAGCAGAGCCAGAUCAUAAGACACUUGGUGCUCGUUUGAAGGGCGAGUUCAAACAGAUGAUUCAAGCCAUUAAAGAGUUGUCCGACGAACAGCUGCAACAGUUUGUCUCCACGAAGGAGAUCGUAGUGCAGGGCCACAAGCUCGAGGAGCAAGAUUUGCGUCUGAUGUUCAGCUUCACCGGUCCGGCCGCCGAGCAACUGUCGAAGCAGUACGAGGCCCACAGCGAAGGAAGCAUACUGAUCCUUCUGGACAUUACUGCAGACGAGGCGAUGCACAACGAGGGAAUAGCACGUGAGGUGAUCAAUCGAGUGCAGAAGCUGCGGAAGAAAGCACGGCUCGUGCCCUCCGACGAAGCCAUCGCGUAUUACGAAAUUAAAGACGCAAACAGCAACUUGGCGAAGGUCAUCGUCAGUCACAAGGAGUUCAUCGAGAACGUGACCAAGACUCCGCAGAGAGACAUGACGGAAUUGCCGCGCAAUAACGAUGUCAUUAUUGAGGAGAUGCAGAAGAUCAAAGACAUGGAUAUGAGGCUCGUGUUGGUCAGAACAUCGGCCAAUCGUACGUCAACACAGGAAGACAGCACGAUGUCAUCGGAAGCGCAAUCCUCUGUAAGCUACGUCAACGUAAAACUUUUGAAUAUGCAACCACGAUACGGUGCGUCCUCGAAGGAUAAGAUUUACUUGUAUAAUUCGCAACUUGGACCUCUCACGUACAAACGUUUGAAACAGGAAAUCGAUUUGGUAUUUGGUACUUAUGGCUGUUCAUACGAUAUGUAUCUUAAUACUAAGAAAAUUACCAGAACGCUGGAUGAUACGCCAGUGGAGGAAGACAUGUUUAAUAAACAAUCGUUAGAAGUAGUGAGAUCAACAGACAAAUUUUUUUUCAAUGUAUGAAAAGCGAUUUCCAUGGACUUGCGAUUUUUUCAAUGUAAGGUUGAAAGAAAACCGGAGCAACCUAGCAAACCAUUAUUAUAUCUUGUAAUUUUGUUAUUUCUUUGUAACUUUCUAAAAAGAUAACAUGUUUGUUGAGAUCAAACGAAAGAUGUGUAGUUAGUUAAUUCUUUUUUUUUUCAUUUGUUGAUGAAAGUAUUUACUGCGAGGCAUAUUAG